AAUAUGCAGUUUAAGACUGACAAGACUUAUUGUGCUUAAACCUCUAGAAAAUGAGCUAACUUCAGUAAUAAUUGCCAUGAAAAUGCAGAGUUCAAAGCGAGUAUUGAGAUCAAAUGAGAUAGAGAUUCACGAGGUGACACUAGCCGACGUACAGCUGGAUCUGUCGUUCAUGUUGCAGUAUCCUCAUUUCCUGAAGAGAGAUGGCAACAAACUACAGGUGAUGUUACAGAGAAGAAAAAGAUAUAAAAAUCGGCCAAUUAUUGGAUAUAAAACAUUGGCUGUAGGACAACUUAGUAUGGCAGAGGUAUUACAACAUACAGACAACAGAGAAAUGGCUCUAUAUACAGAUAUUAAAGAUCAUAAAAAUGUUGUUGCUAAGGUUACGAUGCUCAAUAUAUCCAGUUCUCCUGUAGAUCAUGAGGAGAACCAGAAUGGAAGAAGAAAAAUGGCUUCUGAUGCAGGUAGGACCGAAUAUAUAUGUCCCUGGUGGUGAUUUUGUACUUCACCCUUGAGAUAAUGGCUUUAAGCUAAUUUGAAUUCACCACAGUACAGUUUUCUGCCACCACAUCAUUCCUUGGCAGGCUGUCAAGCAGUUUACCUGUACUAGUGUCUUACUUCUGUACAUGACAGAGCAGAGGUAUAGUGUGAAUACACCAUAAAAAAGGAUUUCAUGAUCGAUCACAAUGAAAGUAACUUGCACCAUCCAAGUAGCAAACCAGAGUUGCCUGAUUAAUAGUCCAAGGCUUUGCAAUAUAGUUAACCAGACAGUUAUUAUUCAUUGGAAAGUACACAUGAUAGGGCCAAGAAAA